AACACAAAAGUACAUGUUCACAGUUCACCAUGAAUGACAAACACUUGGGUUUGAGUAGACCCAGUUGUCAAUCUACCUUUUAGACAGAUUAAAAAAAAAAAAAGUCCUAAUACAGAGAGAAAGAGAAAGACACGGAUUUUAGACAGAUGCUUUUGGCAUGGGGAAAUUGCAAGGACAAACACUGCCUUUGCAUCAACAAAACAACAACGAUGAUGGUGGUGUUGGUUCUUCUAGAACCUUCUGUCCAUGUUCUAUAGGUCUUUCUAGAAUCUUCAAUUUCAAGUGUAUCGUCGUUUUGGUGCUGAGUGUUGUCGUUUUUCUAUCUGCUGUUUUCUGGAUCCUUCCACAUCGUUCUCAUCCAUCUGGGUUUGACGCAAAAGAGGCAAUCAAACGUGCCGCCACUACUCAAGCAUACUUCAGAUUGGAGAAGCCAGUUUCAGAUAUUGUUCCCCACAUUGCGAGACUGGAGUAUGAUAUUUUGGAAGAGAUUGCUAUCCCUAACAUGAAGAUAUCCGUCCUAUCCGUGCAUGCAGCAAGAGUGGCUAACCAGACUAACGUAAUAUUUGGUUUUCUUCCGGAUCCAGUUGAUUCUUCUAGUACUCCAGUGUCCUUAAGUCUGCUGAAGUCUGCUUUAUUGGAUCUGUAUCUUCGAGAUACCAAUUUGACAUUAACUUCCUCAAUAUUUGGACAACCAUCUUCAUUUGAGGUCUUAAAGUGUCCUGGUGGAAUCACUAUGAUGCCGGAGCGCCUACCCCUUUACGACCUACCUGAUAUCCUCUUCAAUUUUACUCUCCACAGUUCUAUUGAUGAAAUAAGGGAACAUUUUAUUGCGCUGAAGGAACAACUGAUAUUUGGCUUACGUCUCAGGCGGGAUGAGCAUGUUUUUCUACAGAUAUCAAAUACAGUUGGCUCUACUAAAGAUCCCCCAGUUAUAGUUGAAGCUUCAGUAUCUUCUGGCUUUAGGAGUCCACCACCUCAGAGGUUACAACAAUUGGCUCAAAUAGUUAUGGGAUCUGUUCCUACAUCUAAUCUUGGCCUUGAUAACUCUGUUUUUGGUAAAGUGAAGCAAGUAAGCUUAUCUUCCUUUCUAAACCGUACUAUUCACACUCCCCCGCCAACUCUUCCUCCUGUUCCAACUCCAGCUCCUGCUCCAAAUGAACCUUUGUGGCCGUCACCUUCCCCAUCGCCUGCUGUUUCUUCAUCUCCAUCUCCAGCUCCCUUGCCCAACUGUCAUAGAUUUUUACGAUCACAUUGUGGCCCAGCUCGUGGAAAAGAGCCUAGCAGUUCUCCAUUUCCCAUAGCUGAGCCACCUUCUCCUCCGACAAACUCUGGUCCACCUGUAAGUAGUUCUGGAAUUGCAGCAAGCCCAUCAUCACUUGCUCCAGCUUAUCCUCCACAAAUGUCUUCCUCAAUCUCAUCUUCAUCAUCAUCUUUUGCACCUGGCUUUUCUUAUAAGGAACUCUGCUUGUUCUGGUUAUUCGGAUUGGCAGUACUGCAUAUCCUUGGUUGAAACAUGGUGACAAUGUCCUGUUCUCGUUCUGCAAGAUUUUCUCUUCUUCAAAGAAGAAGAGAGAAGUAUACUUAGCAACAAACAACUUUAUUUGACUAGGAUUGUAGCAUCUUUCGACAUUUAACUUGUGGUUACCAUGGUAAGUCAUGUUAACCCUACAUGAAGAGAGGAAAUCACAGGUCAAAGCCAAAGGGUGGCAGGCCUCUGUUUGACACAAUGACAUCACAUGAAGACAGUUAAAAGAUGUUUCUUCCCGAAGGGAAUGACUGCUCAAUGAAACAACAGUUUCAGAUACAUGCUCAUCUGCAGGUUUUCAAGGAGAUACCAGUCGUAAGAUGUGUUGGUUCUUCUUGAACAAGCUGCAAAAUUACUGCAAAAGAGCAAUAUUAGACCUCAGUAUACAUGAUGUAUAUUCCUACUUAAAAACUGUAAUUAGCUGCUUUUGAUGUGCUUAACUUAAAUGUGAUAAAGCUAUCAGCCUUUUGGCACUUUAUGUAUUAUAGGAUGUUCCAAAAUGCUGAUUGGUAACGUUCUUUGUUUUUGGGAUCACAGAGAAAUCUCUAACGGCCAGCUUGUGCAUGGUUCGAAACUUGGUGGAUAAUGGACCCGUCCUUUACUUUCUCCUA